AUGAAUGCUCUAACAAUAACAGAAAAAUUGAAAUUUCUCACGUUAGUAGAUAAAGCUCUUCAAUGGUACUGUGUAAAAUAUAAUGUAUUUACUUGGCCUUUACCAUUAGCUGCUGAUGUUCCUAACUCUGUUAUAAAAACAGGAUUUAUUGGAAACAAAAAUGAAAAUCCUAACGGUAUAACUUUACAAUAUAAUUCUAUUGUAGAAGUUACUUGUGAGAAAAGUUAUGAAAACUCUUGCAAUGUAAAAAGAAUUUUCAUAGACGAUUGUUACAUCGUAUCUGAUAUUUUGCCAACAACAGAAAUUACUAUAAACUAAAUAAAGAUGAACGAUAACAAUAUUAGAUGCAAAGUUACAUCCGAAGGUCAAUUGAUAGAUCAAUCCUUUUUUUGUAUUCGUGGUGUCAUUCACAAAAAGCCAAGCUUAAAUGACACUGAUUUGGAGAUAAUUCAGUUAGCAAAAAAAUUGAAGUUUGAUAUAAUAACAUUGAAUUUAAUGCGUAAUGCCAGUACAGUCAAACAAGUUAGGACGCUGACUGCAAAGCAAAAGCCGUUGCUAAUUAGCGUCUUAUGUGAACAAGAGGGCUUGGAUAAUAUAGACAGUAUUAUCAAGUCAGAACAUGAAAUAAAAGACAAGUACAAAAUAAUUCCCAUACAAUUGAAUGUUACAGCUAAGUGUCGCAUGUUCGGUAGACCAUUGUACCUAUCUGGGGACAUCUUGCAAAAUACUUUAGACAUGGGUCAUAAAAUGUCUUCGAUGGAAAUCAAUAAUAUUACUUAUGCAAUACUGCAAAAGUCUGGUUUUGUCCUACGGUCUUUCAAAAACCCCGAUAAUUUGGUCAAUGCUUUGCGCACACUGCACGAUAUCUGCAGUGUAGUCGAGCCUUUAUCGCGAAUCGAUGAUGACUUUAUGAGAAUAUGCCAACAGUACAAACAGCCGGUCACUGCUGCUCUAGCUGUGAUCCAGGGCGCAAUUUUAUUGGCAAAGCUAACAAAUUCUUUGGUCAUUAUUGUGCCUACUGUAUCUGGUAGAACAAUAAAACAGCUAACUACAAUAUCUGUUGACAACAUUUUUAUUGCUAUCACCACAAGUACAAUAGCUGCCAAACAACUGCAGCUCCUUAAAGGAGUUCUUGCAAUAGAGUACGACAAUACAACAGAAAGAGAACUAGAACAAGGCCACGUUCAUUAUUGUGAUAGUGACAUUAGGCUUUCUCCUGUGUCUUGUUUAUUUUUAGUGUUCAAAUACUCAGUAUUUUUUACAUCGAAUAUGGACAGUCUAGCAGAUAACAUUGAAUUUGAGAAUAUUGAUAUUACUGAUGAGAAAUAUGUUCUGUCGCCCCCUUAUGAACACAGGAGAACUUUAUUAAUGGUCACAAUAGCUGAUACCGAAAUGCAAGGUGUUGAUAUUGAAAGAAUAUUGGAAAUGGGUACCAAUGUGAUACGGUUCAAUACAAUCUAUAGUCCGAAACAAGAUAAAGUUAAAUUAAUCGAGAAUUUUGAAAAGGCAGCGUCAUUUUUGGCUCAAAAGUACGGUCUUCAUGCGUGGCCGUAUGCCACGUCUGUUGACCUGACUACAAGUAUGGUACAGACCGGACUCCUUGAGGGUAAUCAAGGGAAGAUUUUUAGAGUCAAUGAUCAAGUACCUCAAAUAUGGAUAGAAGAAAAUUCAGAAGUUAUUCUAACUAAUAGAAUGGCUAUAUUUGAUAAAUGCAAUAGAUCACAAAUAUUUGUUGAUAAUCCUUAUUUAACAUCUGACGUGACAAUAGGAAUGGAAAUAAACAUUUCCGAUGCAGAAAUAAUUAUGGUGUGCACAGCUAAAGGCGAGCAUUCAAUAAAAUGUACUGUCACCAAGGGGGGGUAUUUGCAAAAUAUGGCACAUGUGUGCAUGAGGGGAGCUAUACGAACACGACCAUUUGUUUCCAAAAUGGAUUUGCAUAUAAUCAAAUUUGCUUUGGAAUACCAGAUGGACAUGAUCAUUAUAAAUUACCCACGAAACAUUGAAACAGUAAAUAAAAUAAAGACACUUCUAGGAUCUAAACAAAAAAGGCCUUUAAUUAUAACUGGAAUAUCUACUCAAGAAGGAUUCGGCAACAUAGAUGACUUUAUUAGAGAAGCUGAUGGUAUUUUACUUUCGAGAGAAUAUUUGACUUAUGAAGUGGAGCCAGCGUUGUACGAUCGCAUAGGUUGGAUGCAAAAUAUUAUAGCGGGAAAAUGUCGUAAGGCGGGCAAACCAUUCUACGUAUCUGGGGAAAUUUUUGAAGAAACCCUUAAAACAGGCAUUGCAAACACUCGAGAAAUAUCUGAAGUGACGAACGCCAUUCUAGGAGGAACAACUGGUUUUUCACUCUAUGAUACUUCUAAUAUGAACAACUUGUUUGAAACAAUAAAAAUUUUCAACGAAUUGUGUCCUAGUGUUGAACCUCUGUGUACAGAUAAAACCGAGUUUUAUCAACUCUUGUCACGGACGAAAAUGCCAUUGAAUGCAGCCGAAGCUUGUGCCUUGUCUUGCGUUGAAAUAGCAAAUCAGACCAAAGCUCGUCUUAUAAUAGUACCUACAGUCAGUGGGGGCACAGUUGCUCUCGUAAACUGGUUUCGACCAAACAGUACUAUUUUAGCAGUUAGUACAACAACUAGGACUGUAAGGCGAUUAAAAACCCUUCGGGGUGUCAUACCACUUUUAUAUAAAGGUGAACCACGUAGGACGUGGUUCGAUAUUGUACAAGACAGGGUCAACUUUGCACUUCAAUAUGCUGUUGUCAAGCGCUGGAUUUUGUUUAACCACUAUUAUAUUACGCUAGAAAAGGGAAGUGAACGAAGCUCUUUCUGUGAUGCAGUACGAGUAUGGAAAGUCACUGCGUCAAUGGAAAGCCAAAUCCAGGCGUACUCCAUCGUCGGAAUCGCUUACCUUGAGACAAAUAUGGACGAACUAGUGGACAAACUUGAGUUUGAGCGUGUUGAUAUUACAGACCCUAAACAUGUUUUAGGACCGUCAUAUUCGCGCAGAAGAAGCCUUAUAAUGGUAACAUUUGCUGAUCCAGAAAUGCAAAUGGUUGAUAUUGAAAAAGUAAUUGAGAUGGGAACGAACGUAGCUCGAUUGAAAACAUCCCACUUUACUAAACUUGAUAAAGCUAAAAUGCUUGACAAUAUUGAAAGAGCUUCAUCAUUUUUAGCAAAUAAACAUGGACUAUUAGAAUUUCCUUGCGCCACAUGCAUUGAACUUAAGACAUGCGUGGUACAAACUGGACUCCUAGAGGAGGAGUUAGCUGAAUUAUGGAUUAAAGAAAACUCCGAAGUUAUUUUAACUAACAAAAUUUCACACUAUGACAAAUGUAAUGAAUCACAAAUAUUUGUCGAUAAUCCGUUUUUAACAACCGAUGCUAAAGUAGGAAUGGAAAUAAAUAUUUCCCAAGAAGAAAUCAUUAUGGUUUGCACAUCUAAGAGCAGCGAGCAUUCAAUAAAAUGUACUGUCACUAAAGGUGGAUAUCUUCGGAACAUGGCGUAUGUAUGCAUGAGGGGCGCUGUACGAACACGACCAUAUCUUUCGAAAAAAGAUGUACACCUAAUUAGGUUUGCUGUAGAAUAUGAAACGGAUAUGAUAAUUAUAAAUUAUCCAAGGAACGUUGCUACAAUAAAAAAAAUAAAAAAAUAUCUUGGAACGAAAAUUAGGAGACCUAUCAUUGUUGCUGGAAUUUCCACUCAGGAAGGAUUAAUGAACGUAGAUGACUUUGUUAAAGACGCCGAUGGAAUUUUACUUUCAAGAGAGUUUUUGGCUUAUGAAGUGGAACCAGCUUUGUACAAACGUAUGAGUUCUAUACAAAGACUUAUCGCUGGAAAAUGCCGCCAGGCUGGUAAACCUUUUUACAUUUCUGGUGGAAUAUUUGAAGAAGCGCUCAAUUCUGGAACUAUGACCACCCAAGAUAUAUCUGAUGUGACCAAUGCCAUCUUGGAAGGAGCUUGUGGUUUCUGUCUAAGUGAAACACCAAAUACAUAUUAUUUGUGUGAAACAAUAAAUAUGUUGAACGAACUGUGUGCCAGUGUGGAACCUCUUUGUAUGGACAAAACACAGUUUUGUGAACUUGUGUCUCAGAUCAAAAUGCCUGUAAACGCUGCCGAAGCUUGUGCUAUAUCUUGCGCCACAGUCGCAAACCAGACGAACGCUCGUCUUAUAAUAGUACCUACUGUUAGUGGACGCACUGCCUACGUCUUGAACUGGCUGAGACCGAACAGCACUAUAAUUGCAGUUAGCACAAAAACCUCGACUAUAAAGCUACUUAAAACCUUCCGAAGUGUUGUACCUCUUUAUUAUAAAGGUGGAUCCAAAAAAACAUGGUUUGAAACUGUACAAGCUCGAAUCGGGUUUGCACUUGAGUACGCUGUUGAACAACACUGGAUUUUGUAUGGUGACCACUACAUCACCCUGGAAAAAAUGACUGAAGGAAGCUCGUUUUGUGAUACCGUUAGAGUUUGGAAUGUCACACUUUGCAAGAAAAACUCUAUCGUGUGCCCCGAAUCUUAUCAUGAUUUUGACAUAAAUACAUACAAGAAAAAGAAAACUAGGGAUCACAGUGAACGUAAAAAAAACAAAGUACGUUUAUCAGUGGUUAAGAAAAAUGAAGAAGAUGGUGAUGUGAAUAGUGAACAGAUAAAAAAAACUGACGAUGAAGAGAAAGAAGAACCUGAAGACAUUAAUAAAACAGAAGCAAAAGAUGAAGAAAACGAAGAUGAAAUCAAAAAUGAAGAUGAAAAUGAAAAUGAAGAACUACGAGGUGGUGAUAAAAGUGAAAUUAAUAAAAGUGAAGAUUGA